AUGGCUGCUGCUGGAGGUCUUACUGGCGGUCACCCGCCCUCGGUUCGCUCUCGCAACAUUGCCAUCGUCAGCGUGAUCGGAAUGAUCGCUGGUGGUUGGAUGUUCUUCCGCGCACAGUCACCAAGCAAGGAAGAGAAGCUGUACUCGCAAAAGGACAUCCAUACCAUGGUUGGCGGGCAGACGGGUGAGAACAGAGUUGGUCGUGCACCGAGCCAUCAGAAGAAAGAUUGA